GUGGGACAGGUACACACAUUUCUGGAUGUCUGAGAGUCUGCCCGUGUGUAUACAUGUGUAGAAGUGUACACACCUGUCUCUAGGUGAACGUGCUUUUGCUUGCAUACCCGCGUGCCUGUGGGUACCUGUGUCCACCAGUGUCCAAGCCCCAUGUGUUUCUGUGUGUGCUCGUGUGUACAUGGAUCAGUAUGCGUACAAUGGCGGGGCCGGACUCUAUGGUUUCCUUGCUGAUGUUCCAUGGCCGUGACUGAUAAGGAGCUCCUGUGGGUGAGCCCCCGCUUCCUCCGUGCCUGGCAUCCCGCGUUCAUCUCAGCCAGGAUGCCAACGAGGCGCUGGGCCCCAGGCACCCAAUGCAUCACCAAGUGUGAGCACACGCGCCCCAAGCCGGGAGAGCUGGCCUUCCACAAGGGUGACGUGGUCACCAUCCUGGAGGCCUGCGAGAGCAAGAGCUGGUACCGCGCCAAGCACCAUGCCAGCGGGCAGGAGGGCCUGCUGGCGGCCGGGGCGCUGCGGGAACGAGAGGCCCUGUCGGCGGACCCCAAGCUCAGCCUCAUGCCGUGGUUCCACGGGAAGAUCUCGGGCCACGAGGCCGUGCAGCAGCUGCAGCCGCCCGAGGACGGGCUGUUCCUGGUGCGCGAGUCGGCGCGGCACCCCGGCGACUACGUGCUGUGCGUCAGCUUCGGCCGCGACGUCAUCCACUACCGCGUGCUGCACCGCGACGGUCACCUGACCAUCGACGAGGCCGUGUGCUUCUGCAACCUCAUGGACAUGGUGGAGCACUACAGCAAGGACAAGGGGGCCAUCUGCACGAAGCUAGUGAAACCCAAGAGGAAGCAGGGCACCAAGUCGGCAGAGGAGGAGCUGGCCAAAGCUGGCUGGUUACUGAACCUACAGCAUUUGACGCUAGGCGCACGGAUUGGAGAGGGUGAGUUUGGAGCGGUCCUGCAGGGUGAGUACCUGGGCCAGAAGGUGGCCGUGAAGAAUAUCAAGUGUGAUGUGACCGCCCAGGCCUUCCUGGACGAGACGGCGGUGAUGACGAAGAUGCAGCAUAAGAACCUGGUGCGUCUGCUGGGCGUUAUCCUGCACCAGGGGCUCUACAUCGUCAUGGAGCACGUGAGCAAGGGCAACCUGGUGAACUUUCUGCGCACACGGGGCCGGGCCCUCGUGAGCACCCCCCAGCUCCUCCAGUUUUCCUUGCACGUGGCCGAGGGCAUGGAGUACCUGGAGAGCAAGAAGCUGGUGCACCGAGACCUUGCCGCCCGCAACAUCCUCAUUUCCGAGGACCUGGUGGCCAAGGUCAGCGACUUUGGCCUGGCCAAAGCUGAGCGGAAGGGGCUGGACGCAAGCCGGCUGCCCGUCAAGUGGACGGCGCCAGAGGCUCUCAAACACGGGAAGUUCUCCAGCAAGUCGGAUGUGUGGAGUUUUGGGGUGCUUCUGUGGGAGGUGUUCUCAUACGGCCGGGCUCCAUACCCCAAGAUGUCGCUGAAGGAGGUGUCCGAGGCCGUGGAGAAGGGGUACCGCAUGGAGCCCCCUGAGGGCUGCCCGGGCCCCAUCCAUGCCAUCAUGGGCAGCUGCUGGGAGGCUGAGCCCGCCCGCCGGCCGCCCUUCCGGAAAUUGGCAGAGAAGCUGGCCCGGGAACUGCGCAGCGCAGGCGCCUCGGCCCCGGUGGGGGGCCAGGACGCGGACAGUUGUCCCUUGCCCCGAGGCCAGGAGCCCUGACCCUGCCCAUUGGGGCCUCAGGCCCCAGAGGAGAGAGUGAAGGGCACGGGGUGGGGGUACGGCCAGGCCUGAAGAGGGCGAGC